AUGGAGGCAUUGUCUCCCCGCGUUUGCGGCAUCCUCUCCCACCAUAUUGUGCAUUCUGCGCAGCGAAUUGGACUCGUCAACGGCGACGGAACGGUAGUUACAGCUUCUAUUGAGAUCCUGGACCGAGAACGACCGCCACCUACUGAGAAUAAUGAUGUCGAUUUUUUUCCUCACCAUGAUAUUUCAUCGUCGAAGCCGAGGAGUUUGAGCACGGAGGAGAUCAAGAAGUUGAAGGAAGAGAGGUUCGAGAAUGGCGUAGAUGAAUCAUCGAUCUAUCCUGUCUGUUUGGAAGAGUUCUUGGUGGGAGCGAAAAUUUCGCCAUUGCCCUGCUGCCACGUCUUCCACCAUGGCUGCAUAGCUUCAUGGCUGGAAAAAUCUGCAAGCUGCCCUAUUUGUAGAUUUGAUGUCGGCCAAUCAUUUGACAACAACUUAAUUGUUUCUAUAAAUGUAGUUAAUAUGUUUUAA